GGCAACCACCACCAAAAAUAUAUUCAUUAUAAGAAGGUUCUAGUUGAGUCUAACCUAAAGCUUGGACAAACAGGAGCGAGGAAGAGGAAGAGAGGGAUGGAGGUGGAGAAGACUAGCACUUUAGACAACAAGAAGGAUGAUGAUGAAGAAGUCGAGCUCCCCGGAUUCCGGUUUCAUCCUACUGAUGAAGAACUUGUAGGGUUUUAUCUGCGGCGGAAGGUGGAGAAGAAACCAAUCAGUCUUGAACUCAUCAAACAGGUUGAUAUCUACAAAUAUGAUCCAUGGGAUCUUCCAAGAGUCAGCACUAAAAUGGGAGAUAGAGAGUGGUACUUCUUCUGCAUAAGAGGGAGAAAGUAUAGGAACAGCAUAAGGCCUAAUCGAGUCACAGGGUCCGGAUUUUGGAAAGCCACAGGCAUUGACAAGCCUAUAUAUUCUGUUGAAGCAACCAAUGAGUGCAUUGGCCUGAAGAAAUCCUUGGUCUACUACCGUGGAAGCGCUGGAAAAGGCACCAAAACCGAUUGGAUGAUGCAUGAGUUCCGCCUCCCACCAGGUGGGAAAGGCACCUACUUCCCCAAUGCAAAGAAUGUCACUCAAGAAGCUGAAGUCUGGACACUCUGUCGAAUUUUCAAACGAAGCCCAACUUAUAGGAAAUACACACCUGAAGGGAAAGGAUCAAUACCAAACAAACAGGUUGCCACUGAUUCAAGCUCCAAGACCUGUAGUUUAGAAUCCGACAACAGUGACAAGUACUUGAGCUUUGAAAACUCCACCACUCGGACCAAGAACAGGACUGUUGUCGACAGCAGUAUAGAUGAAAGAAGCCAGUUGGUUGUCGGCCAAAUGAGCUCAUUUGUUUCACCAUACAGUGGACCAUACUCGAGCUUUUGGAACCCAAAUGGAGAUGAUCAAUUCUUCACAAGCGGAAACUGGGAUGAGCUGAGAUCAAUAGUGGAGUCAGCCAUCGAUCCACCUCAUGUUUAUGACUGUAAAUAGACAUGGAACAGAAGCCUGCAGCUGAAGCUUAUAGUUAUAGUAUAGUACUGAAAAACUUACAAUAAAUACUUGGGAGACCUUGUAACCUUAUUUUGUGUGCAUGGACUUCAUGUUAAUAAUAGCGUUCUACUAAUCUAGGGCAGAUGUAUGACAUGACAUCUCAGACAUAACGAGCCUAAAUAUUUGGGCCAAUUUCUUUUUUUAUUUUUUAUUUUUUUUAAAGGGGUCGGACAAGAUAUAAAUGGGGGGUACCAUGUGGCCCACCUUUGACUCA